AUGGUGCAAACCCCGUCCCUUUUUAAAGAUGCCGUUCUGGUGAUGCCAAACCUGUAUGGCGACAUUCUUAGCGACCUCUGUGCUGGCUUGGUUGGAGGAUUGGGAUUAACUCCGUCCGGAAAUAUUGGUUCCGAUGGUGCAAUUUUCGAGUCCGUCCAUGGCACGGCACCAGACAUCGCGGGAAAAGAUAUUGCCAACCCAACGGCGCUUCUUCUCUCAUCCGUAAUGAUGCUGAAAUAUAUGAAGAUGAAUACGUUUGCAAAUAGAAUAUACUCGGCAGUUUUGGAUACCAUCUCUGAAGGAAGAUACCGGACCAGGGACCUUGGUGGCACUUCGUCCACCUCUGACUUUACCGGGGCCAUCUGCGACCGGCUCGUACUAUCGGAGGCGUCAAAUUAA